CGACGCUGCUUCUUAUCUGUCCUCUUUUACCGUAGAUAUGGCUUCCAAAGAGCUUUACAACGUCUUCAGUGAGAACUUUUUAACGUGUCAUAUCUGUCUGGAAGAAUAUAAAGACCCGAGAGUGCUCCCUUGUUACCACACGUUCUGCCUGGAAUGCAUUGCUGACCAUGCUGCCAAGAAUGGUGUCCAGAACAAGUUCUCCUGUCCCGUAUGUCGCAACGAGGCCCCUGUACCACCAGGUGGGUUAGAAACUCUCGUGAAAAACUUCUGUUUAAGAAAAAUAACAGACUUCAUAAAAGACCAGAAAGCGCCCGAGGGUAGACUUUGUGAGUACUGUAAGCAUAAAGAGGCCACUUUGCUGUGCCAAGGUUGUCCCAAAACCAACCAACUGUGUGCUACAUGUCGUGAAUUGCAUGACAGCAUCCCAGCAUUGACUGGACAUCACUUUAUAGCUCUGUCACAAGUCGACUUCUCAGUUAACUCAGCUAGCAUGCGGGAACAAUUACGUCGAGUAUUGGAUAAAGCUCAAUUCUGCGAUAAACACGACGGAGAACUGCUGACAUUUUAUUGUAAAGAGGAUGACACCGUGGCAUGUAGAGAUUGUAUUUUGGAAACUCACAGUAAGCACGACUUUGAAAAAUUAGGGGAUCUAGUGAGGGAUCAACGGGAGCAAAUACGAGAAAAGCUUAAAUGUCUCCCAACCGAGAAAUUGUCUCGAUUUGAGAAGGCAGAAAAGGUCACUGUACAAACGGAAGAGAGGCUAGAAGAAAAUCAGUCGAAGGUUCUUCGUUUGGUGGAUUCUCAAAAAUUGGCAAUGGCAAAGGAGAUUAAUGAAAACAGUAAAAUUCUUGAAAGAGAACUCGAAGAUAAUUACCAAGAAAUAGAAAAGAACGUACGUGAACAAACUACCACGUAUUUGACUAAUGUAAAACAGCAUUUUGAAAGAUAUCGAAAGAAGAUGCAGUCCAAUUACUCCGAAAUGAAACGAUUUGUUGAUGGUAGGAGCAACGAACUAUCGACCGAAGUUAAGGCAUUCACCUCCACGCAGGUGAAGGCUUUAAUGGCUGAAAAAGACAAGCAAGAAAUGAACAAGAUUUCCAUUCAGAGCAUUCGCGAUUUCGCCCAGCAGCUCACAGACACCGGUUCCGACAUCGAGGUCAUGACCCACUCUAAAAAACUCCAAACUAGAAUUCAGGAGUUACAUACAGUAGAACCUGCCGUAGAUACUAAGAUCACCAACAUAACAUUUACACCAGGAAAAACAGAAAUGGACCUUGUGCUUCAGUUUCCUAAAAUUCCUGAACCACUGCCACUGACCAUCAAAACAGUGUCCAUCAAGGCCAAAACAUACAGUGGUCCUUUGGAUGCAUAUUUUGGAAGUUUGAAAAAAGAGAGAGUGCACCUUCGCCAGCUGAUGGAAGCCAAGUGGGUGGGGACGCCAGAGCGGGUUACUUGUUUUAAAGUAAAGGAUUGGCCGUGGGAUGUCCAGUGGACAGAUGACAGGUGUGUUUUAGUUGUGCGUGGUAUUACAGUGUCUGUAUUCUCCAGCACAGGUCAAUGUAAUCGUGAGAUCAGUAUAGAGGGAAGGGCAAGGCGUAUCACUACAGUUAGUAACGAUAGAUUCGUAGUCACAUGUGAAGAUAAAUGCUGUAGACUGUACUCAACAUUAGGUCAGGUUAUACGGUGUUUUGGUCAGGGUGAUAUGUCUGACCCCUGGGGUGUCACGGUGGACCGUACAGAGGGCAAGGUGUACGUGUGUGAUAGUGAUACUCGGUGCAUCUGUGUGUACAGUAUGGAAUCUUUUCAACUUGUGAACAAAAUCGGUAUCCCAAUGUGCAGUGAUGGUUCACAGCGCUGUGCAUACCACCACGGCAUCAAUGCAAUCAUAGUCAGCGACUACAGUGCCCACUGUGUGUAUGCAGUGACACCCCAGGGUGAUGUCUUAUUCCAAUACGGAACACGAUGUCAGAGUGGAAAUGAAGAUGGACAACUAGAUUAUCCACGAGGAGUGUGCGUAGAUAAUAUUGGGCACAUAUUCAUAGCUGACAGCCGAAAUGACAGGGUGAUUGUCCUUGGUUCAGACGGGAAAUUCCUACGUUACGUUUUGACUAGGAAUAACGGUCUUAGAUCUCCUUUGUCAGUCGAUGUCAGCAGUAACGGGGAGCUUGUCGUUGGAACUGACGGAUGUGAAAUAUCCACGUAUAAGUAUGCAGAUUAGAAAUGAACUAUGAUUUGACACUGUGAUGAUGUUUGAAUUGUGAUGCUAAUCACUGUGAAAAGUGUAAUGAACACACUACAAACGUGUCUUAGAUUUAUCCAGCACUAUGUUUGUUUAAUAUAUAAACAGGAAGAAUGCGGCAGUUCUAAAUGAAUAACAAGGCCAGAAAUGCGCAGCAUACGCGAUACGCGAGGGCGCUACAGUAGGGCUUCACGUGACUCAACAGCCAAUCAUAGCACAACAAUGGCAUCUCACACAGACUCUGUGAUAAGUGCUCGAGAAGCCAAAGUUGACUACCAAAAGCUGGCAAAUCCCACCUAUUUAUUCCCUGCAAUCAGAUUACACACAAAAAAAGACCCAGGUGACAAAUUACAUUCCAAGAAUGCAUUCUAGAUCCCCUACCUAUGUUAACUAUCUUAAUUCUAGCGGUUAUCAUAGCUAGGGCAGGUAACUACCUGGCCGGGCUGGCAACUUUUCAGAGUUACCUGCCCUGUGGUCUGGCUAGUAAUUUCCUUGAAUUUCAUACA